AGGAGCCGAGGUUGCUAGGAGAACAUCUGUGCCCGCAGCACCUUGGUCCAGCGAGAGCAGGAGAGGAGAGUUGCAGGGUAGAGCUGUGCUGCCUGCCGCCACCUGAGGAUCUCAGGAAGCAGGAAGACCUGAAAAUGAGUGGUAAAAACUGGAUAUUAAUUUCUACUACUUCACCCCAAAGCCUGGAAGAUGAAAUUCUGGGGCGACUUCUGAAAAUUUUAUUUGUUUUGUUUGUUGACUUAAUGUCCAUUAUAUAUGUCGUCAUAACUUCCUAAAAACCUGA